ACACGUUUGCAAAACAAAAUGUAAAACGACGACGUAUUGAAGGCGUGAUUGAGGGGCAAAUAGGAUACUGCUCGCGACAGUGAACAGAAGCACUGAAAAAUCCGUUGCAAAAAGCAGAAUCCGAAGCUGUCAACAAUGGCGAUUUCCGGCGACCUUAGAGUCACAGCAACUCUUCCUCUCCAUCGCUCUCCUCCUCUUCUUCCAACCACCUCUUUCAUCCCCCCAAAGGUGUCCUUUCAUGGUUUCUUAAAUGGAGGAUCCAGCAGAUCUGAUUUCACCCCAAAACAUUCUACCAUGACCACUGUACGAAGCAAUAUGCGUGGCUAUUACAAGCCAGUUUUUGCAAUUCUUGGAGGUUCUAAAUUUUCAUCAAAAACAGUUAACCAAGAAGCGGAGAACUUCCUCCUUGAUGCUGUUAAUAUGAGUUUCCUUGAGCGUUUAAAUUUAGCUUGGAAGAUAGUAUUCCCAUCAGCAGUGUCUAAGAAAAGCUCCGUUGCUAGGAUUGCCAAGCAACGUUUGAAGAUGAUUUUGUUCUCUGAUCGAUGUGAAGUAAGUGAUGAGGCAAAGCAAAAAAUCGUUACAAACGUUGUGCGUGCUCUAUCAGAUUUUGUGGAAAUAGAAUCACAGGAUAAAGUUCAGUUGAGUGUAUCUGCAGAUACUGAUAUUGGAACCAUUUACUCCGUUACAGUGCCUGUACGGCGGGUUAAGCCACAAUAUCAAGAGGUGGAUGAAGCUGGGACAAUAACAAAUAUUGAGUAUAAGGACACUGGAAAUAUUUCAGGUUCUGUUGAUGUUAGAUUUGAUUUCUAUGUUCCGGAUGAAGCGUCUUGAUUUUGAAAUAAAAGAUAUUGAAUCUCGACUUCUUUGCCAGAAGGCAGUGUUUGAAACCCUUACCAGUGGUGAAGCCAAUUUGGAGUGCUGUAUAUAUUGGAAAAUUGAAGCUUCCAUUAGGGUGGGUGACCAAUGUUGAUGGAAAUUUUAUGCCGCCUUUUAUCUGUUAGUUUGGUUUGAUGCACUGUUGUUAACUUUAUUAUAGGAUUUUGUUGCUUGUUGUAUGAUUCAUCAUUAUUUUGAAUGAAGUUUGUAGUUGAUUCUCA